UUCGUGCCGGCUGCAUUUACUGGAACGCGCUCCGUUCCGCUCGCGUCGGAUCCGUUUCGGAGUGUAAAUACUGGUACGUUUUCGGGAUCGCUCCAAAGGUAGUCUCGCAUUUGCAGCCACGGCUGGAUCAUCGUUCGCGAACGAUUUUCGGUGGACGGGACGUAAAUCAAGGACUACUGGGUCGGUCAUGUGAACCAAUCGUUCGCCGUUCGAAUGGUGUCUUCCUGUAUGCACAAUUAUUUCGAGUGCGCUUCGCUAGGAUUUACGGAAGCAGCCGAAUUCGAGCUUGCGCUCUUGGGGAUGUUAGCGAGUGAAUUAACGUAGGUUGCAAUGUCGCCGCUAUGAACGAGAGCCGUUGCUACACCGAUUCGCCUGCGUUCGCUGUACAUCAGUCAUUCAACCGGAAUGGGAAGGCACUUAGGGGAUCGAAGAAAAGUGUACUAUUCUAUACGACCGACUGCGGCGACGACAAGGAAGAUUUGGGUUUCAAGCUUCAGCAACGAUCAGUGUCAUUGACUGCUCUACAUACUGGUGCCGGCUCCCAGCAGCAACUUUUAGAACCCAGAAUGGCGCAACUGGAGACCUUGGAGGCGAAGAUGGCCAGCAUCGAAGUUUCUUUAUCGACAACUCCGAGACGCAAGAAGGGUGGUAGCGUUUCUGGCGGAAUCGCGUCACCCGCUGGGCAUCGAAACAGGGAUCAUUACAAAGAAUUGGACGCCCUCAGGAUUGCGCUGCGUGACAAAGAAAAUAUUAUUCAAACAUUAAAAGGACAGCUAUGCAACAGCCUAACUAAUCGAUUGGCAUUGCGUAACGGUGCACCACCUUUGACCGAGGCAGACAGAAAAGCCACCGAGGAACGCCUACAGAGGUUACGACGUGAUGCGGACAAUAAACGACUGGCGAUUAAAAACUUGAAACUUGCACUUGAGCGGCUCGACAUAACUGAUAAUAUCGACGUUCGAAUCCAACAAGCGGAGUUAGAGUACAGACUUGGCCGAGAAGAAUUGGAACUUCUAACCCUUCGUGAAGAAAGUCGAGCUCUUCAAGCAGCUUUGGAGUUGGCAGAGUCUCAAGAAAAACAAAAGAACGACACGAUAUUCAGUUGUAUUUCUGGUUCCACGCAAGUCACGAUCCAUGCAGUGGAAGUUAGCGCAGACCCGAAGAGCCCUCGUUUUGGGGCGGGUCCGAGGGAAGAUACACCUGGCCUUUACGUCGAUUGGGCAGUUGAAGAUUCCGGACUGUGCAAGGGAGACAGGAUCUUGGAAGUGAACGGAAAGCUCGUGGUGGGAGCAGGAAGGAGCGACUUGGCAAGACUACUGGCUGUCGCACCCGAUGCGGCACAAAUCGUGGUCCUUCGAAAAGGUGAAUCCCUUGCAGCACUCCGCACACUUCGAUCAGAUAACCUCAGGCUGACUCAUAGAAUCGGAUAUCUCGAGGAACAGGUUAGGGAUCUUCUGGCACCAAGUAGAGCCGAGAUCCCCGCAGAUCCUCCGCCAACACGCCAAGAGCAAGUUCAGGUUUUUCAGAAGGGGCCGCAAGUGACCGCACUAGUAGCAAAUCUUCCCGAUCUCAAUGUUAGAAAUUCAAUGGAGUUGCGACAAAGUUUGCCGACAAUUAGACAUAGACACAGCGAUCAGCCGAAGCGUUUGAUAGACCCAAAGAAUUUGAAGGAAAUUGAUGUACCGUCGGAUAACGUUACGAACAGCCAUAACAAAUCAAGGACUAGACAGAAACAGCAGGGAUUUCAUAUAACAGGGUCAACGACAAGCCUGGACUGCAAACAAGUACAGAUGCAAACUCAAUUGCAACGCAGGAGACCACCACGUAUCGAAUCAGCCAUUGAACAUUUAUCUAAAAAUCGCAGAAACUCGUCGCAGACGCAAUCUUUGGAUUUCGAUUCUGAACCAACCUAUUAUCGGUUUCAGGAUACACAAUCACGUGCGUCAGAGACUUCUGACGCAUCGAUGGUGUACGGUUCACAAGACACAAAGUCGCGUCCUGCACCUCCGAAGAAGCCACUUCGACUGUCUCUUCAUCGCGCAGCGAGUCUUCAGUCCGUUGAAAGUGCGCCGCCUGCUGCUCAUCACGAUAUAGCCAAAAAAGCAACGAAGAGGAAUCAUAAAGGUGAAUCACCGUCUGAGAAGAAUUCACGAGGAAAUGCCAGCGAAGAGCCAUCAAAUCAAAUUCACGAAUCACAAUAUAAUCCGCCUCAACCGCCGUCAAGAACUCCUUCGAGAGCGGAAUCUUGUCAGAGUGCGCUGAGGUGGCCGUCUCCCAAACCGAGACCGCAUCUAGCACCCGUCACGAUGGAAAAGUGGUGUUAAAUAACAAGGCGAACUUGUUUUCGCAGGAACAAUAUUUUCAAAUUCAGUUACUCUCAACGAAAGGAGACUUUCUUAUAAUACGUAUUAUAAGAGUGUGUCGAUUGCCAGAAAUUCAAGAUCUCUGUGUGAUAUUGGAAACAGAUUUUUACGUAACAUAUAAGACUUUUAAACUAAUAAGUCUGUAAAUACAAUCUAAUAGUUUCUUAUUUGAUAGAUUUGAAGAAGACUGAGUCACUCAGAACGAAAUUUUGUUUAGUAGUUUUACUUAUCGCUUAGGUUUAGACGUUCAAGAAAUAGAGUGCAGAAUGUUCGACUGUAGGUGGACCAAGCACUAAAAGUGCCUGGUUUGUCCCACCAUAUAAAAGUUGUCAAAUUGCAUUCAUUUAGAUUGUAUGUAAUUUUUAUUAUAAUAUAUAGGCUGCAAAUUUUUAUGGAAAAUAGAAAUAAUUUGCAUUAAUUCAAAUAUAUAGGAAAUAUAUGUACAUGUCCGCUGUGUCUGAUAACAUAUACUAGAAGAAAGAAAAAUUCAUCACUUUCCGUAAAAGUAUUAUAUCUCUGUAAUUUCAAUAAUCCUAAAACAGAGACCAGUUACAGUUCGUUUAGUAAGGAUGAUUGUUCACAGCAAAAUAUUUAUAAAUUAAAUUGCAGUAACAACAUUUUCAAUGAAAAAUUAAAAAUCCAUUACUCUUAUUUAAUUUUCUCACUACGAGUUCUAAAUACUAUAUCAAACAUUUUCUUAUUGUAGUCAAAAAUAUAAUGAUGUCAUCAAUAUAUAGGAAAUAAAAAUAAAAAUAAUAAAUAAAUAAAUAAAUGUUUAAAAUAGUGUGUGCCUGAGUAAAGAAAUCUAACAAUUUCCUAUGGGAGCAACUUUAUGAUUUCGAUAAGUAUAAAAUAAAAACUGUAAAACCAGUCAUUUUUCCGGCAGUUGUACGUUUAGUGUUAAAUAAGUCACAUAACAGAUCACUGAACAGGAGAUAUAAGCAUGGCGAAGUUCGAUAGCAAUCUAGUGAAGAAGCCAAGAAAAAGCGUUCUCGUUUCAAGGUUGGAAUGAGAGGUCUUCUAUUUAUUAGUCAUUGAAAGUUUUUCGAGGGAAAGUCUGUGGACAAAGUCUCCGAGGAAGAAUUUUCUAGCGCUCGUAGGAUUCUACGUUCCAUCCUCGGUUAAAUUGUUCGCCAUGAGAUGAGAGUAAGAGAAUUUGCGGUAAAACUGAAUCGAUAUAGAUAAAAUGGUGUAACUCUGAAGUUCAUAUAGUUAAACAAAAAUUGGAAUGACCCUUCAUUAACUGACAGCUGACUCCUGUUAUAUUAUUUAAAAAGGGGAUUCUAAAACGGUUUUAUGUACGAGUGCAAAUUUCGCGGAUUCACAAUAUUUUUUACUAAAUUUAAAAUCUAUAAUAUUGAUUACGGUUCUUUUAGAAUUGCGAGUUAUUUAGAAUAAAAAUUAAAAAAGAAAACACAAUCCGAUAAUAUUUGAAGUAUCGUUUCAUGAUGUCUUCAGCAUGUUGUCAGAAUAUUAUUUUGUAUAUGUAUCAGAUUAUUGAUACUACUUUGGUGGAUCAACAAAAAAUGAUUUAUAUAUGCACAUUUUAAUACAAAAUAAAUAACAAAUA